AUGUCUGCGAUCCAGAAGCCAAACACCCCCAAGAAAAUGAUAUCCAGACCCGUCCUUCAAGCCGACGUCCGUUGCGCAUCCGAUGACCCAUUCGAGAAGGACUACAUCAACAAUCCCAUGGACCGUCCCGACAUCAAAGGUCAUUACAACAACAAGACCAAAAUCGAGGCCGCUCAUCAAGAAAUUGCCAGAUCGCCAGCGAUCCUUGAUGUCUUUGGUGAAGACAAGCGCAAGAAGUUGAAGCAGAACACCUCCGAGAAGCAGCUGCACAAGGAUCUGAGACUCGCUACCACGGAGCCCGCCAUACUCGCCAUGAAGGCUCUCGAGGAAAGCAAGAAGGAAGAGGAGAAGGCCGCCGUGGAAGCUCUCAAGCCCAGCUAUGAUGGAGAGAACAAGAUUAUCUUUGAGCCUGGCCCGAAACCUAAUCUCCCGGACGUUGAUGCUGUCACCGAAGAGGAGCGCAAAGCUGUGAUCAAUGCUGCGAAAGCGGAGGUCAAAGGGGUGCAGGACAAGCUCACUGAGGUGCAGAAGAAGAUUUCGAAACGCGAAGAAGCAGACUUCAAGGCCCUCAUAGCCGAAUCCUUCCGUUGCGUUCCCGAUCCUGAGAAUCUUCAGAAGUAUGGCCCGACCACUGCGCACUGUCCCAAGGUAUCUCGUGUCAAGAUCGAACUGCGAGAGGCUGUAGCCAAAGCAACGUACCAGGCCCAUCGCGAGGUCUUCGAGCGGUACAUUUCCGACCCCCACAGACUCACAGCCGCCCUGAUCAAGUACCACAAGCUGUUCCGGCACAAGGAUUUCACCAUCUUCGCCCUCAAAGACCUCAAGGCUAGUACGAAAGCCAUCGGGGAAACCAACCACAUGAUCAAGAAAUUCGAAUCUGCUGGGCCCCCUAGUCCUUCUACAGGGAAGGGCACCAACAAGGAUAUGGCAACGGACGACAUCUUCCAUGAUGGCGCACCCAACGGCACCAAUUGA